AGUGAGUAUCAAUCUUGCUACACUAUGGUCUUUUUUAAAUCCAUUUGUCUCUUUUCUUAACGUGUGCUUGUCUCAAUAGAGGGACGCUAUUAAUUUAUCAUGGUAUUGGAAAUUACUUAAUUAAACGGUGUUAUAUUUGUUGAGGGAUUAAAAUUUCACAUACCCCCAGGCUGGCAGCCCGAAUUAUUUAUUAUCCUUCCAUUAUAAAAAGGGGUUAUAUCAUCUCAUUUGCACUAUUAUGUCACACUGACCAAUGCUUUUUACUUCUCUUGUCUCAAAUUAUCUGUCAUUUUUUCUUCUUACGCUCCUUUUAAGAACAAUGCUUUUUACUUCCCCGUCUCAAAUUAUGUGUCAUUUUUUUGUCUUACACUCCCUUUAAAAAAUAUUAAUGGAAUAUUUGACAGUCUAAGUUUGAAUCUUCUCAAUUACAUAUUUACUUUACUUAUGUGUCAUCUUCAUUAAUGAUAAAAUUCUAUUAAGGGUAAAAUAAAAUAAAAAAUAAUUAUGCCUUAAACUUCUAAAUGACAAAUAACUUGAGACAAUUAUUUAUAGUAGGCUCGACGGAUAAUUUGAGACGAAAAGAGUAAUUUAUUAUUUUUCCUUAGUUGUGAAUGGGCUUGCAAGUGAUAGUCUUUGUGCCAUCUCCUAAUGUAUACUUGAUAUCUUGAAUUAAAUCCUCUUUACUCCUUCAAAAACUCUCUUUCUUCCUCUCCAUAUGGCGGCUUAUCCUGCUGUAGUUUCUCUUCUUCAAACUCUUGAGCAACUUCAGCGGACAAACCCACAGCUCAUUCAAUGUCAUACUGCUAAAACGCUUGAUUCUCUUCAUGCUACCGCUGAAUAUUUUCAAGAUGUUCUUGAAGAAGCUAGCAAGAGAAGAUAUGACCCUGAAAAGAUCAAAUAUUUGGAGGAAAAAAUAAGAGUUGCUGCUAGUGAUGCAGAAGAUGUGGUUGAGCUGAAGAUUGAUCAAACAAUCAAAGGCUCAAGCUGGAAGUUUGGAAUAUCAGGUAAACUUUUAUAUAGGAAUUUGCGAGAAGUUGUUAAAAAAAUCAAUUCAACAAAGAAAGAAGUGAUGAAGAUUGUUUCUGAUUUUAGCACAAGCAUUCGUAAUGCUGAUGAUGAUCAAAUUCUUGAAUUAUCUGGGGAUUCCUUAAUUGGCACUUCUUCGAGAAGUUAUGCAGUGCUGCCAAAUUUGGAAGAUGAUAUCGUGCAGGGACUUGAUGAUGACUUGGAGAAAAUUGUUGAGAAAUUGAGAGGACCACUGUCGGAUCUCGACAUUGUCACAAUAACAGGCAUGGGUGGCAUCGGCAAAACAACACUUGCUAGAAAAGCUUAUGAUCAUUUCCCAAUCAGGUAUCAUUUUGACAUUCGUGUUUGGGUUACAAUAUCUCAAGAUUUUCAAAGUAGGAAUGUGUUGUUAGAAGCUUUACAUUGCAUUUCAAAGCAAACAAAUAUUGUCAUCACAAAAGAUUAUGAUAAGGAUGAGAAUGAGUUAGCCGAUCUGGUGCAGAAAAAACUAAAAGGUCCAAGAUACCUUGUAGUUGUUGAUGAUAUUUGGAGUACGAACGUUUGGGAUAGCAUAAGAGGAAUAUUUCCUGAUUGCAACAAUAGGAGUCGAAUCUUAUUGACUACUAGGGAAAUAAAGGUAGCAAUGUAUGCAAAUCCUACUAGCCCUCAUGAGAUGGACUUCUUGAAUUUAGAUAAGAGUUGGAAGUUGCUUCGUGAUAAGGUGUUUGGACGAAAACAUGAUCAUCCUUUUGAGUUGGAAGAAAUUGGAAAAAAAAUAGCAGAAAAAUGCCAAGGACUACCCUUAAUAAUUUUAGUGAUGGCAGGGCAUCUCUCGAAAAUGGCAAGGACAUUAGAAAGUUGGAAGGAUAUUGCCCAAACCUUAGGUGAAAUCGUUACUAAUCAUCCAGAUAAAUGCUUAGGAGUUCUCGGUUUGAGUUACCACCACUUGCCUAAUCACCUCAAACCUUGCUUUCUUUCUAUGGGUGGUUUCCCUGAGGAUUUUCAGGUUGAGACUUGGAGAUUGUACCAAUUAUGGAUCGCGGAAGGUUUUGUAAGGACGUCCGGAAGUGGAAAAAGCUUGGAGGAAGUGGCAGAAGAUUAUUUGGAGGAUCUUAUCAGCGGGAACUUGAUAAUGGUUAGAAAAAGGAGAUUCAAUGGUGAGAUAAAAGCAUGUGCUAUGCAUGAUCUACUGCGUGAAUUCUGUUUGACUGAAGUUGAAAUGACAAAGUUUAUGCAUGUUGCAAGAACUGGCCUAGUCCCUACUCUUCCAGCACAAAAGCAUAAUGUCCGUCGCAUCAGUUUCCAAACUAGCAGUUAUUCAGUUGAUAAUUGUUGCAAGAAAUUACCCGUAGUUUCCAGAUCUAUCUACUUAUUUUCUGAAAGACGGCCUUCUGUAAAACUUGAAGUUUUCUCGCAUUUCAAACUUCUCAGGGUACUGGCCAUCUUCCAUGAAUAUGAUAGUUUCAAUUCAUUUCCACUUGUGAUUACGAAGUUAUUUCAUUUGAGAUAUCUCCAUGUUCGAUCUUAUGGCAAUCUUCCUACAUCAAUCUCAAAGCUUCAGAAUUUGCAAACUCUAAUUCAUGAGGGAAAUUAUAAUGUUACAACUUUACCAAGGGAGAUAUGGAUGAUGAAGAACUUGAGGCAUAUACAUCUGAGGGGAGCCUGUUAUUUACCCAGUCCUGGAAGAGAGAGUAUUCUAAAUAAGCAUCUUUCGCUAGGGAUGCCGAAUUUAGAGGAAAUUUCUAAUAUCUGUUUCACCAGUUGUACAAAUGAAAUCUUUUCUAGCAUUCCCAAUCUAAAGAGAUUGAUCGUCCAUCAUACACCUUUAUCAGAGGGUUGGGGCCUUGAUAUGUCCAUGUUGACUAAACUCGAAGCAUUGAAGUGUUUCUGCGAUCUUCCUUGGACACCAAUCUCCAUCAAAAUGUUUGGUUUGCCAACAUCACUUAAGAGGUUGACUUUAACUGGCUGGUUUCGUUUUCAUUGGGAAGACAUAUCAACUCUUGUCAUGUUGCCAAAUCUUGAAGAGCUCAAACUUAAAGAUGAGGCAGCCUGGGGUAAAGUAUGGAGAUUGAAUGACGAAGACAAGUUCCAAAGCCUCAAGUUGUUGUUAUUUAGCGGGCUAUACAUUCAGCUGUGGGAAGCUAGCAGAGAUAACUUCCCAAGUCUAAAACGUCUUGUUCUGAAGAAUUGCAUUAAGCUGAAAGAAAUUCCAGCAGAUUUUGGGGAAAUUUGUACUUUGGAGUCGAUUGAGUUACAUAACUGUGGCACUGAUGCUGAGGAUUCUGUAACAAACAUUGAACAAGAACAAGCAGACAUGGGAAAUAAUGUCCUUAAGGUCUAUAGACAUAACAAUCACUGGAAUUGAUGAUUAUUUGGACAAUCUUCCAAAUGCUGAAAUUUUUAAUGCAUACUUUGAAAAGUAAAAUCUUUCUUUUAUGUUCAGAUCGUUUCUUCAAUUCAUGUUUUAGGAAUAAGCAUUUUAAUACAUGUCUCGCCCAAUUGUGAUUUAUUAUUUUGUAAACGAGAACUAUUAAUGUACUGUAAUAUCUAAUUUGUUUUAUGUGAUAGUUAGAAAUGAAUAAUGUUUC